AUGUACAUCACUCUCUACUUCAUAGUCACCCGCCUCCCUGACUCUCUUAGCGCCGUCCAGGACCUCCUUCUAGCCGUUGACCCCACCACCCUCACUGUCGACCUGCUCGAGAAGCACCUCCUUGCAGCUGAGACUAGCAUAGUCGCAGUAGGCGCUUCUCGUGGCACUCCUCGCACCCCCUUCUUUGAGGGGUGUUCGCCCUCCCCCCUUCUCCCCUCAGUCGCCUCUGCUGCAGCUGUUGACUACCUUCGUGCUGAGGAGAUAGGAGCUGUGUCUGCCCCUAGUGGGAGGCGCCGCAGCGGCAGGGGCAGGGGAGGCAGGGGCGGUGGGGGCGGCAGAGGUGGAGGCGUGGUGGGGGCGGUGGAGGCGGUGGAGGGGGCGGCGGGUGGCAGAGGGAGUGGUGGUGGGGGUGGAGGUGUAGGUGGCGGCAGUGGUGGCGGCAGUGGCGGUAGUGGCGGCGGCAGUGGUGGCUACAGUGGGAGUGGAGGCGGUGGCAAUGGUGGCGGCCGGGGUGGUACGAGUCAGAGGGGAGGCCUGGGUGGUGGUCAGAGGCAGCAACAGCGGCAGCUUUCGCCCCAGGAGCUACGUGAGUGGUUUGCUCAGCGUGGAGCGGCUGGGGUUAGUGGUCCCUGCCCGUAUGUCAUUCGCACAGGUGACCUCACUGGUCAGACAUGCAGGAAGCUCCACACCCAGUACCGCUGCUUCUCUCGUCUUAUCCAUGCCAUCCGCACAGAGUUUCUAGACGCGCCUGAGCUCCCCCGCUGGGCAGAGCUGCUUAAGCAGGGUGUGGACAUCUUUGCUCUUGAUUAUGAUGCUAUACUAUCUGCCAUGUAUGCAUAUACUGUUAGUGCAGAGGGUGACUGUUACCUGUGUAUGCCGCCAGACCCAG